AUGACACUACGAGUCCAGAUAAUCUCUCGGCGCGGCGCGCUCAAGCAAGCCAACCAGCCAAAAUCACAUCCGUUUACUAUAUUGACAGUCGUUGAAAUAGCAGAGACGUCUACAAAGCUCCAACCAUGGGAUAAUCGAGCUUACACCUAUCGCAAUGCAACCGGUUCAAUCACAUGCAACGGUUGGGACAACGCCAAUGAACCUGAAUAUGACGGCACUUUCACAUCAUAUUGUGGAUCAAAAGAAGAGCCGGAAGACGAAAAUUGCUACGUCGUUAAGGGCAGAAUGAUCCCGUCGAAUGAUACGGCCGAAUAUCAAGUCUAUUACGACGCCGAACACAUGAUUCACGUAGGAACCAGCGAGGCCUUCACCGGUACUUUACACAACAACACCGGUGUCUCCGGUUUUGGUAUCGUCGGAGCCAAGACAGAGGUUCCAGAGGCCACUUCCGACUCCGCGGUCUUGGUGUUUGUCAUGAAGCACGUGGAUUACCGUCCAGAGACAAAGGAAACACCAGAAUUCGAAGUAGAGUACCGGAUGCGACCAACACCCAACCCUAAAGGCACGCAGCGAUUGAUACAAGAGGGGAAAGAAACCUUAGUCCACGGGUACAUCGUCGACUGGAACGGCUCCUCAAAUCGUUGGGUUGUUGAUGUCACCGGCGUCAAUGUCGGCAGCGGUCAUCAGACUGCCCCAAAGAAGAAGAUCAGUACCGGAUCACAGGUCACCGCCAGUGGCAGAGUACGACCCGCAAAGCAUACGGCGUCGUCAAGCCCGGCCCCCGCGCCGAAGCGCAAGGCUCCCACCAAGGGCAAAGGGAAAGCUGCAGCCCGCGAUCCCCCCGACGAAGUCCUGGACGAGGACGUGUUGGAUGAUUUCACUCCUCCAACACCAACUAAUCCCAAGAAGAGGGCCCGGGCCCCAGCUAAAACCAAGCUUCAGCCACCUAUUCCAGUUGAACCGGAGGAUCCGGUUGGGGAAGAUCCGUACGACGAAGACCUUUUUGAAGAGGAAGCCUCACCCGAGCAGAGCACCAGCAAAAUGCAGAUGACCAGGGCCGGUCGCCAACCAAAACGCAGCAGAGGCGCGUAG